AUGCUCUCUCUACCUCCAGAAUUGCUUCCACAGAUCUUGGUGCACCUCUCAUAUCUCGAUCUUCACUCUCUCAGUCUCACAUGCUCGUUUCUGUACGACCAGGUGCACACCACCCUCGAACAUGAUGAUGCACUGUAUCUCACGUGCAAGAACCUCGUUCCAUGGAUCCACCGACAGCAGAAACCAAAAUACUCACUAUGGAAGGACAUUCUCAACAGGAUUCUGGACACUCAGUUCUCGGGGGACCCCGUCAAACACAUUGAUACCUCCACAUUGACCCCCACGCACCGCUUUGUGGUGCCCAAACGACGCCCCAAGAUGCACCAAAACACCCCGUUUGUGGGUGUGCCUCUGGUGAAGGCACGAUCUCCCGUUCAUAUCCACGAACUUGGUGUCAGCGUGGAGAACGGUCACUUUCUGUUUGUCCACGAUAUCAUCAACACAAGCCAGUACAGGUUGGAUGUAUCCUCCAUGCAUAAACGAGACGUGAAUGAAAAAGAGGCCCGAAACUACCUCGACUGGGGCUUCCCCCGGUUCAUGAGAGAACCCUCGGGCUACAGAUACAAGACUCCAGAGUUUGUGUGGAAGUUUGAACUAAAUGGCGAGUUUCUCGAUGACCUUUACGCACUAAACUGUGGAUCCACACUCUUUGCGAUUCUCGUGGGCGUGCAAUCUGGAGGGUUGUACUUUCUGAAGGUAGAAUCCGAAGAUCCACGUCCCAUUGUGCUCUUCUUGCCGUCGACAGAAACACACAACCCCAUUCCUCCAAGAGCACAACUCCAGCAGACCAAUGGAGCGGUGUUUGCUACCGUUUGCUACCCGGAGACAGAACAACCCGAAAUGAUGUUUCUAGAUUUUGAUGGCAACGUUAUAAACCGGCUCUUUGCAGUGUCGUCACGUGACCUCAAUUGCGCGUUCAUGGUGCGUGCCAGCGACUUGUUUCUGGUUCUGGGAGGCGAGCUGGUGAGGGUGGCAGUUGAUUUCAGCUCGGGAGGUGGAGCCGAGGUCGUGAGCCGGGUGGGUCACGUGUCCGCUGGAAGAGGAGGAGAACACAUGACUUCCAACUACGUGAGCUCGCCGCGCUGUUAUAUGGUCUCGAUCUCGUCUCUUUCAUGUGACUCGCUGCGGUACCGGGCCCAUCUGGAUUUGGACAAUCUAUUUGGCAAGUAUGCCAUCUUCUGGAACCAUGGCGGGUUUGCAGCUCUGUUGGAUCUGGAGAAUCACGUGGUCACCAAGCUGCAGAACGAUACCGAUAUGCUGAGCCUUGUGUCGUGGGUGUGGUCCGGAGAUGAGGGCAGGAGCUCUGGAAAUGGACAGAUUCAUGUCUGUCGGUAUACCAUUGAUUUUCUAAAGGGUUUGGAGGCUUAG